AUGACCGAAACUGUUCUCGUGUUUGGCGCCUCUGGCAAUAUGGGCAUCGCCGCCAUUAUCGGCGCCAUCAACGCCAAGCACAAUGUUAUUGCCAUCGUACGCAACGAGGAAAGCGCGGAGAAGAUCUUCAAAUAUGUCGGCACGCGCGAGGGCAUCACGACAGUCGAGGCCGACACGACUUCGGAAGACUCGAUUAAGGGGGUGGUCGACCAGGUACGGGAGGGCAAGCUGCCUUCCUUCCAACACGUCUGGGCCUCGCCUGGCUGGGUUUACGCGGACGCGAAGAUCCUGGACCUCGACGUGGCCGCGUUCCGCGCGAGUAUGACCGCGAACUUUGAGACGUACAUCAUUGCUUACCGCGCUACUGUGCCUUACCUGCUCGAUCAGGGCUUUCCUGGGACUACCUGGACGAUGUGUACCGGCGCCCAGGGCGAAUGGGGCCUUCGAGUGGCUCCGGCCGUGACUCAGGGCGCCCUAUUCAGCUUUGCCGUCGCGGCGGCUCGCGAGAACGAGGACACCAACAUCCGCUUCAAUGAAGUCUACCUCGCCUACCGGGUUCAGCUCGAGGUUGAGCCGGGCAUGACAAACUUCCACGGUUUCCCGAUCACCACUAGCAGGGAGUUCGCCCCUGUGUUUGAGAAGCUACUCAACAGGACGGAUAUUAGAGGGAGCAGGGUCAAGGCUAUCAAGCCUCAAGAUGUUGUUGAAUUGAAGUUUGAGAAGAAGUACUAG